AUGGAUCUAAUUUCAACUAAAAUCUUCGUCGCGAUAAUUUUUGGCAUUUGGCGUUUUUUCUUCGGCAUCCUGCCAGUAAAACUGGACGCUUUUUUACGGAAAUGGGAAGAGACUAGUUCAGACUCAAACACAUUCAUAAACGAAAAAAGACACCAACAAGUGAGUUGUUACGUAGCUUUAACUCAAUCAUUUGGAGGUGGAGUAUUAUUUGCUACUUGUUUUCUGCAUAUGACCAAGGAACUCUUUCUUUCCGUAGAAGAAAUUAAAAGUAUCUGGGGUGUGUACACUGAGUAUCCAGUAUCUCAGAUGAUUAUUGCUACGGGGUUUUUAUUUAUUUAUUUUCUGGAAGAAUUCACUCAUUGGGCCAUUAAUAAUGGGAAGAAGAAGAAAUGCGCUGGAAAGGUCGCUGAUGUCAUCAUUAAAUCCAUAUCAUCCAAAUCAUCAGCAAAAACUCUCAGAUCUUCAAUAAAUAUCUCACCACUGAAAACAAUCGCUACCAUUGAAGAAUGGGACUUGAACGAAAAAAAUAAAGAACUCAUGGAGUUUGGCUAUGAAGAAGAGACAUUUAACACCCCAGAAAAAAAUAAAAAACCUGAUGAGUUCCUGAACUCGCCCCUGAAAACUAAUUUAUGCAGAACAAGCAGUGCAAGAAGCAGACACUCCAUAAAAGAAGAAAUCGACAGAGCCAAUUUCGCCGUUAUAGCAGAAGAACAACUCAGUCCAGAAGAUGAGGAUAGUUUGAAAAAACAAGAGCAAUUAAUGAGAUGCGUUAUGACCAUAGCUGCAUUAUCUUUGCACUCUUUAAUCGAAGGCUUAUCAAUAGGAAUCCAAAAAUUCAAAUACGAAAUUUGGUACCUGUUUAUUGCAGUCAGCAUUCACUCAGCUUCCAUACUAUUUUGCAUGGGAGUUGAACUGAUUUUAGCCCAAACAAGAAUCAGAUUCAUUGUACUACAAAUGGCAGCGCUAGCCUUAGCAAGCCCCAUGGGAAUUUUAUUGGGGAUUUUGCUAACAACAUCCGAUGCAGCCAGAACCCCAAAAGUAUCAGUGGCUACAGUGAUUUUUGAAGGGCUUUCAGCAGGGAUUAUUUUGUAUAUUACAUUUUUUGAGGUGCUGAAUAGAGAAAAGGAGCGGAGAGUUUAUAGGGUGAGAAGGGGCUUGUGUAUUGUAGGUGGUUUUAUGUUAAUGGCUUUGUUGCAAUAUUCGGAAUCAAAGUUCGAAAAGCACGGAAUGUUGAAGUACGUUGACGAAUCGGGUAAUCUUACAGCGACAAUUUUCUAAAAUAUGAGAGAAAAUAAAAGACUGAAUGUCAGAAAAACUUUGUUCAAGUUGCUGGAAAAAUGAAAUGUAUUAUUUGUUUAUUUUUAAUGUUAUUAUAAACUUAAAUAAGUCUAUAAGUAUUGAAUUUGUGCAAAUGUAAGCUUACCUUAGCACCGAGUAGCUCUCGAGGUUGGUCACUUUUGUACCUUUUUUUAUUUU